AUGUGGGACAAGGAAGAUCCGGAGGGGGCGACGUCCUCCUCCCCGCCUCGCCUCCCAGCAGCCCGGCCCGCGCCCCGGAGCGAGGGAGGAAGCGGCUCCGGAUGGAGGGUGAAGCGACAGUCGGAGAAGGAAAGGCUGCCUUUCCUCCUGGGGCAGCAGAGGCGGCCGGGCGGGCAGAGGGAACCUGCAGAGGGCGGUUUCUCUCCUCUUUUCCUGUCCCACCCAUUCGGCCGGCCCGCCCACCCCCACUCGCUGGCCUCGGCAACUAACUCUGCGCGUCUCUCCGCGCUUCCUGCACUCGGUGCCCCCCGGUGGGUCUGCGCGAAUCUCCACGGUUCCCGCCCCGGUCGAGUUCAAAAGGACGCGCUGCGUGGAGCUGGCCCUUCCGCGCCAGCCCGUCCGACUGAUCUGCUCAUUCCUCAAGGUGCCCAUCCGCUUGCUGCAAUGACUAGCUUCCCAACCACGCCUUCUCCAAGAGAACUGACCACCCCAAUCCAGCGGGUCACUGAGACUCUGCCCCCAGAUGUGGAAGCCAGCACAGCACUCAUUGCAGUUGUUAUCACCGUGGUCUUCCUCACCCUGCUCUCAGUCGUGAUCUUGAUCUUCUUUUACCUGUACAAGAACAAAGGCAGCUACGUCACCUACGAACCUGCAGAAGGAGAGCCCAGCACCAUCCUUCAGAUGGAGAGUGACUCAGCCAAGGGCAGGGAGAAGGAGGAAUAUUUCAUCUAGUGAUUCCCAGGCCCCAAGGAGCUUAUCCAGGCUCCAGUGCUAACACACUGACUAUUUAAUUUAUUAGGUGAAACUUUUAUCUAAAACCAGUGAGAAGCAUUGAUUGAUAAUGGGCAAACCUGAGCUCCUUCCAGGAGGAGGCCCAAAUCCAGCAUCACUGACACCAGGAACCAGGGACAUGGAGAAAGCUACUUAUGUCUUUAGCCAGGGCUUUGUAACACUGCAGUGUUUGUGACUGACCAGCAAGGUGGAGCCAUACCAGGCAACAUUUGAGUAUGUGCCCAAUCAUCUUCAGUUUUUUUCACUGGUCAAAGGGGAGAAGAGAGUUAAAGUCACUGGCUGCUCCUCUGCCCCCUGUCUGGUCACCUAGUGAUAGCCUGAGUGGAGAGAGCAUCCAUACUCCUUCCCAGAGGCUGGAUGCCACAGUGAAAGGCCAGGCCAGGAGGGAGAAAAGACUAUGUAGAGACCUUGCCUCCUGGUCAAUGUGCAGCAUCCCUUCAUCUGAGCCUAUGCUUUCGGUAUUCCCUAAUGCCGUACUUAAUGCUAUUUUUAUCAGAAUUAAAAUUUUUCAUUGACUCAGAAAUCAGAUUCUCUUAAGAAAUAA